AGCAGCGGCUUGCAGUGACCUCAUCAGCAGCUGCAGCGCGAGGCGGAGCUGCAACUUUUGUAUGAACUUCGAAGUUGAAUAAUUGUGAACGAGACGCUGGGGCCAACGGCGGUGCCGCUGGAGUAGAUACAACAAUACAGCGAAAAAUCUCCGGGAAAACGGCAGGAAUAACGGCCGCACGCAGACUGCACUCCGCUGGCGAAUAUUACGAGACGGAGAGACGCUCGUGUCGGACUUUUAUCGCAAGAUUUUGUGGGAGAAGAGACCGCACGAGAGCAGCGAGAGGUGGAGAGAGAAGAAGAUCUACAUAAAGGGAUGAGAGGAGGAAGGUCAGAUCACCUAAUGGUCAGCACACAUGCCUGAUUCAGGUUCACUUUAAAGUUGACAUUCAUCGUGCAAUUAUCUGUCCUUCAUUCUCUGGCCUCUCUAGCUGAGUGGCUGCCCAUGUUCCCCAAGCUUUGUUAUUUCAACUACACUGCGGGCAUGCUCCAGUGCUGAGCUCCGCCACUUAGCCAUACCAUGACCAGUCUAAAGCGUUCACAGACCGAACGCUCUGUGGGCGGCUCUGUUCCCGCCACAGAUGAGUUUUAUACUCGCCGUCUGCGCUUGCCUAAUGGAGGCGCGCCACCCCCUCGCAGUGAAAGCACACACUUGACUGGCACGCCCGGGGUUCCCAAAAUGGGCGUCCGAGCGCGGGUCGCUGACUGGCCCCCCAGGAAAGAUGGCGGCAGUGGAGGAAGUGGAGGAGGGGGUGGAAAUGGAGGUGGGGUGUGGCACAUCACAGUAGAGACGGAUUCCCCUUCCACCACAACAGGAAGUGCCCAGAGCAACUUGUCAAGCAAGCUCGGUCACCUGAUAAGCCCUCAGGACUCCUCCAUGCUGCGGAACAUUCACAACACUCUGAAGAACAAGAUGCAAAGCAAAGGCAAAGACAAUCGCUUCCUCUCACCUGAUGGGUAUCUCGGGUCCCCACGGAAGGGUAUGCGGCGUAUACGGCAGCGCAGCAACAGCGACAUCACCAUAAGUGAACUAGACGGAGAUGGAAGCGAGGGCUGGUCUUUCUCAGGAUGGACGCCCAUGCAUCGAGAGUACGGCAGUACCUCGUCCAUCGACAAACAUGGUGUAUCUGGUGAAAGCUUCUUCGACAUGCUCAAAGGCUAUCAGACCGAUGCUCCAGACCAGCGCAGCCCUGCCCCUGAAAAGUUAAGCGAAUUGCUGACAGUAGCUCAUAAACAAACUGCCCUCGACUUGCCUGAUGGGCCUCUUGGUCCUCCUCGUGGCAGUCCAGCCAGUCGCCUGAAAGAAAGAGAAAAACACAUGAAGAGGCGUUCAAAGUCAGAGACGGGUGGAGAGUCCAUAUUCCGCAAGCUACGUAGCGUCAAAGCCGAAGGUGAUUCGUCACGUGCUGGUUCCGAUGCGGAGGACGGAAAAUCUGAUGAUAUAGGUCCUCCUCCUAAACCAUGGGUCUGCCAGAAAGGUUUUGCUCACUUUGAUAUCCAGAGUAUUCUGUUUGACCUUAACGAAGCUGUGCAGAGUCGGCAAAGCGCUGUGAAGCGGAAGAAUACCACCACCGGUGCCUCUGCUGCAGCCGCGGCCUCGGCCUCCACCACGUCCUCGCUGUCCUCCACCCAAAGCGGGGCUUACGGCUCCCCUUGUGGCAGCCAGGAAGAGCUCAACAUCAAGGACGGGCCUUCUCUAGACUCAGGUGAUGACAAGAGCAAUGAUUUGGUCCUCAGCUGCCCAUGUUUCCGAAACGAAAUUGGUGGUGAAGGAGAGAGGAACAUCAGCCCUUCCAAACAGGGCAGUAUCGGCAGUGGUGCCUCUAGCUCUUCCAGAGAUGAAGAAGGGUCCCCUGAAAGAGCUCCCAACACACAUUUUAGCAAUGCAGGAGUGGCUGUUCUUGAAGCCCCCAAGGAUGGCAAGACUCUUCAUCAUGAUCGUGGAAAGAGCAACAUAGUAGAACAUGUGGACUUGGGUGCUUAUUAUUAUAGGAAGUACUUCUAUUUGAGAGAGCACUGGAACUACUUGGGUGUUGAUGAAACGCUGGGACCAGUAGCUGUCAGUAUUCGUCGGGAAAAACUGGAGGAUCACAAAGAGCACGGGCAGCAAUACAACUACAGAAUCAUCUUCAGAACCAGUGGGUUAACAACCUUACGGGGGUCAAUUUUGGAGGACGCUGUGCCCUCCACCUCCAAGCAUGGCUUGGCUCGAGGCCUGCCUCUAAAGGAGGUGUUGGAGUAUCUUGUACCUGAGCUUAAUGCCCACUGCCUCCGUCUUGCUCUUAACACACCUAAGGUCACAGAACAGCUGAUGAAACUGGAUGAACAGGGGCUUAGUUUCCAGCUGAAGGUGGGAAUCAUGUAUUGUCAGGCCGGCCAGAGCAGCGAGGAAGAGAUGUACAAUAAUGAGGCAGCAGGUCCAGCCCUAGAAGAGUUCCUGCAGUUGCUGGGGGAAAGGGUGCGCCUUAAAGGUUUUUCCAAGUACCGUGCCCAACUGGACACUAAAACGGACUCUACUGGAACGCAUUCUUUGUACACCACUUUUAAAGACUAUGAGAUCAUGUUCCAUGUGUCUACAAUGCUGCCCUACACACCCAAUAACAAACAGCAGCUGUUAAGGAAAAGACACAUCGGAAACGACAUCGUCACAAUCGUAUUUCAAGAACCUGGAGCAAAGCCCUUUAGCCCCAAGAACAUCCGCUCACACUUUCAGCAUGUCUUUGUGGUUGUACGAGCGCAUAACCCCUGCACCGAGAACACCUGCUACAGUGUGGCAGUGGCUCGCUCACGAGAUGUACCUGCCUUUGGACCGCCUAUUCCCGAGGAUGCAACUUUCCCAAAAUCCACCGUCUUUCGAGAUUUCCUGCUAGCCAAGGUCAUCAACGCCGAAAAUGCAGCCCACAAGUCAGACAAGUUCCGCGCCAUGGCCACUCGGACGCGACAGGAGUACUUGAGGGACUUGGCUGAACGGCACGUAACAAGCACACCUAUCGAUCCUUCGGGCAAAUUUCCUUUUAUCUCUUUGGCCCACAAGCGUAAAGAGAAGACCAGGCCAUAUUCUGGGGCAGAGCUGCGUAGCCCAGGGUCCAUCAGCUGGCCUGUUUACGCUGAGGACCAUGGAGCCGGAGGAGAACUGGAGGCCCUGCUGGCCAUUUCAAAUGACUUUCUAGUGCUGGUGGAUCCAGAAGCCAAGGCUGUUGUCUUCAACUGCGCUGUCCGAGAUGUCAUUGGUUGGACGCUGGGGAGCCCUGCUUCCAUGAAGAUCUACUAUGAACGUGGAGAAAACAUUUCCCUGCGCUCCAUUAAUAACAACACCGAAGACUUCCGUGAGGUCAUCAAACGUUUAGAGCACCUCACUAAAGGCUGUGAGACCUCUGAGAUGACCUUGCGAAGGAAUGGCCUAGGCCAGCUUGGUUUUCACGUUAACUACGAAGGCAUCGUGGCAGAGGUGGAGCCAUACGGCUAUGCCUGGCAAGCGGGGCUGAGACAAGGCAGCCGGCUGGUAGAAAUUUGCAAGGUGGCUGUGGCAACACUUUCACACGAGCAAAUGAUAGACCUGCUCCGCACCUCCGUAACUGUGAAAGUUGUCAUCAUCCCACCCCACGAGGACGCCACACCUCGCAGGGGCUGUUCAGAACUGCACCGCAUGCCAGUCGUUGAAUACAAGGGCAGCAAUGAGAGCGGCUCAUUUGAGUACAAGUUUCCUUUCCGGAGCAAUAACAACAAAUGGCAGCGCACCUCGUCCAGCCCACAGCAGUCCCUCACUGCCUCCCCUCAGAGUCACAGUGGAACCCCGAACCGUGCCGUCAGCCUGGGGGCCAGCAUGGGCAAGACCCUCUCUGCCGAGCGGCCUGAAAGAGCUGCGGCCAUCCCCCGCAGCGUGUCCAGUGAUGGCCGACCUCUGGACUCUAAAAGGAUGUCUCCAGGUUCUGAGAACUAUGCCCUGACCUCCUCUCUCAUGUUGGGCCGAUCGCCGCACAACCGCAGUUCUCCCAGUAACCUCUCCUGCUCCAGUGACACGGGCUCAGGCAGCUCCGCUCACUGGAGGCAGAAGUCCAUGCCGGAGGGAUUUGCGCACAACAGGCACUCUCCUCUCCCAGCGGAGCGGCAAAUGGGGGCAGAGGAUGGAAGCAGCGGCAAGUCGACACCCAGCUGGCCCAGAGUGGAGGACAGCUCUGACAGACCACCAUCAGAUGCUCCAGUCACUAAGUCUAGCUCGUCCUACUCAGGCGGCCCACGCAUCCAGAGACAGGAACAGGUCAUUCACCUUUCACCCAAGAAGGGCAGCCAGUCUGAAGGUCCGUACUCCCACUCCAGCAGUAAUACGCUCUCCAGCACCGCGUCUAGUGGCGGUCACAGCGAUGACAAGUGGUAUGAUUUGGGCAGUGGAGGGAUGGGCGAGCAACCGGACUCUGAGCCGAACGGUCUGGGCGGUGGUGGGUACCUGCAGGGAGCUUCAGCCGACAGCGGCAUCGAUGCUACGUCAUACGGCCCCACCCACGGCAGUUCCAGCUCUCUGCUGGCUGUGGGAACUGCUGGUGCCAGAGAAAGAGCCCCUUCACCUUGGCACAGCCCCACAGAAGGGGGCCGGAGGGUGCUUGAGAGGUCCCCUCCCGCAGCUGAGUCUCCAGUGUCCCCUGCAGAUGGGCCGCCUACUACGCGAAGCCCACCAACCCAUCUACUGGUCCGGGAUAACAGCUCCUACAGUCUGAGUGACAUGGCCUCUUAUUCAAGUACACGCCACUCUGUCAGCCCUGCAGUCCUGAGCUCCAGCCACAGCUCCCCACGUGAAGAGUCUUCUUCAGCCACCUCCCCCUCCUCUUCCUCGUCCCAGAGCUCGGUGUCACCUGGCCCUAAGAGUUUCUAUCCACGGCAGGGGGCCACUAGCAAAUACCUGAUCGGCUGGAGGAAACCAGGCAGCACCAUCAACUCUGUGGACUUUGGGGAUACACGCAAAAGACCGCAGGGUGAGGGAGCAGACCCCGGGUCUUCUCAGUCCAGGCCCUCUCUUAGGGAUCUGCACUCUCCUCAAGCCAUGUGCAAGUCUACUGUGGAUGAAGACCUGAAGAAACUUGUCACGCCAGAAAGUACCCCAUCCAAGCAGCACAAGGACAAGUCCUCCUCGGGUCCAGCGAGCUCAGGGCGGCGUUCUCUGCACCGCACCCUGUCAGAUGAGAGCAUAUACAGAGGUCAGCGGCUGCCAUCUCUGGGAGAUUCAGUUCUGGAGCAGGCUCUGGCCAGCGACGUGCUCUUCAGCUGCUCUACCCUUCCACGAUCUCCCACCACCCGUGGCGCUCCACUGCGCAGACCUUCCUACAAAAUGGGCAUCAAGAUGCAUGGUGACCUCUCAGCGUCUGACACCUCUCUAGCAGACCUUCACGAGCGACAGAGGCCACCUCCUCCUGAACUGGGUCUCAUGCCCCUCCCAGACACGGACACAGACAGCGGCCUGGACUGGACCCACCUGGUAGAUGUUGCCAACGCUUUCGAGGGUGAGAGAAGACCACAGCGCAUGCAAAGAGGGUUUAUGUUUAGUUCCCAAGACAUUAGUCAGAGAGGAGAGACUUCGCUCAGUCCUCAGCAUCUUGAGCUGCAGCCAGUGCCACACACCAGACUCUCCCCCAGUGAGGGGCCUUCAAGCUACAGUGGGAAGGUUUCUCAGCUGGAAGCUUUGGUGAAGAUGUUGCAGGAGGACUUGAAGAAAGAAAGGGAAGAGAAAUUGAAACUGCAGGCACAAGUUAAGAGGCUUUGGGAAGACAAUCAGAGGCUGCAAGAAGAGUCUCAGAGCUCCGCUGCCAAGCUCAAGAAAUUCACGGAGUGGGUCUUUAACACCAUCGAUCUGAACUGAGCCAUCUGCAGAAGACAGGCAAGAUCAAUAGACUUCUUGUGGACCAGACAGACGUGGGAGAGACUACUCCCAUGUGAGACCGGAUUGAGAAUUGUCCAUUCACAAUUCAACAUAAUUUGAUGUUCACAUUAGCAUUCCUCCACAGACUCUGGCGAUAAUGACCAACACUGACAUGGGGAGGGCAAAAAUACAAAUCUCCAACCCUUUCCUGUGAUGACUUCUCUUCUCUAGAUCCCCCCCCCCCGGGACAUCAUUAGAAGUGCCCACAGGAGUAACUAGUAACUGGCUCUGAUGCCAGCCUAUGCCUUCCAGGCUCUUGUCCCUCCUGUGCCCUACUUACGACUGACAACCUGACAUUUGGUUCCAGUCAUUUGGACAGUGCUACAGUCCUGCCCCAUGAAGACCCCCUGCCUCAGAGCCAGAGUCGAAGACUCCUCUGCUACACGACCAUAUUUUAGCAUCCAGUCGUAAAAAUCUCUGCAUGUUCUGGCGAAACCAAUCUACGAACAUCAUGUGCCACCAUUUGUUUCAAAAGAAGGAACACCAUUUUUUUUUUUUUUUUUGAGGCGGCAUGAAGUGAUUUUCUCAUAAUGAAGUCAAAACUUGUGUUGUGUUGUGAGGUUUUAUCUCAACAUCAAUUGAAGCAAUAGCAGGGAGUCUAAACCCUUGUCCUAAAGCCCUGAUUUGCGCAUACAUAACGACUUUGGCAAUAUCCUGCCUCGAAGUACAUCUCAAGUCUGUGGUACGAACACUAAUGAUCCUACAAGUCUGGAAUUUAAGGACAAGUCUUAUUUUGGGAACAGUUCAGUUAUUUAUUCUGUUUAUGUUUCGAGUAAUCAAUGAUUGAUUCUCUAUGCGUGCAGUACAAUGGACAUCUGUGAAUAGUGUUUAUUUCAGAAGGGGAUGUCACUUCAUUUGGACUCCGUUUUUAUUUUUGGUAUUUUUAUUUCUAGUAGAGUUCUGCCUGAGCUGCAGUAUUUUUUUUUUGUUGUGAGUUGUGGUGCCCUAGUCUGCUAUUGUGUUGCUUUAGUGCCAUCUAGUGGUAAUAAGUGAUCGUCUCACUUGACUUCAGCUCUAAUCUAUUCCAGUUUGUUUCCACGUUGCCUAUACACAACCAUAGUGAUGGAAACCUUCCAUUCAAACAAGAGAUAAUGCUAUAAAAAGCAGACACACGGGUAUUGGAUUCAAUAUCAGGGACGAGAGGAGGUGCCUUUCUGAGAAAAGGGAAAAAAAGGAAACGAGGAGAAACAUAACAGGAGUCAUGAGUUCUCAUGAAAAAUGCAGUGGGCUGCUCACAGGAACCAGCCUCAGAAAGAAUGCACUCAAACCGAGAGCUGUGGCCAUCAUCGCGUAACGAACGCGGAACCAGAGGGACGGUUUAGUUAAGAGCCUGGUUCACUGUCUGGGAUCAAUAAUAUUGAACAACUGCCCUGUAAUCUCACACCCGGUUAUAGCACUUUGCUCUUGUUGUCAGUUCCUCAGUCCCUCGUUUGAACUUAGUGGCAUUCCCAGAGCAAAAAGGUCAGUCAUCAAAGACCAAACAUCUUGCCCUACUUUUAUCACCAACCCAAGUAAUGUAUAUUGUAUAGCUCUCUCCGAUUUCUGCUUUGAAGGGCCUGUUUAUAUUGUGCAGGAAACACUAGCUGGUUUCUCAGAGUCAAUUUCUGGAUACUUUAAGCAUCGUGAAGAAGACGUGCACAAUGGAUCCGGAGGUUACUUUGAUUUGAGUUUGCGAACAGUGAGCAGCCAUAAUCGAUUCUGUUCUAGGAAUCACUCGAAGUGUCUCGGAAAGUGCCUCCCGAUGCCAGCAGAGAACGACACACUAAGAAUGCCAAACAUUUUGCCUCUGUCCCCGUAAACAGGGAUGACCUGCACAACGUGGAGAAGGAUGUGAGAUUAUUAGUUUCAUUUCCAGGUUUUGCUGCCUCGGUCAGGAGGGUGAAACAAGAGCAUCAAACCCCCCGACUGCUAUUUAUUCUCGCGUCUCUCCCCUCUGGUUUGGUAUUCAUUUUUCAACAUUCUCAAUCCUUUAUAAUUUUUAAACACAUAAAUGGUUUUGCUCAAGGUAAAUAUUGAUGACUGUGGGAAUGUGAAUUAUUAUUAUAAUUUUUUUUCGAUUCAUUCUUUCUCUUAUCUCUUCUAUUUUUGUUAUUAGCUUCCUGAGUUGAGUUUCUUUGCACUGUUUUUGUUUUGUUUUGUAGGAAUCUAUCGCUAUUGGUUUAUGGACAUGCAUAAACAUAUGGCUUUUGAUGUUGUUUCUUGUUCUUACGUAUACGGUCACUUUUGAGAGAGACGAGGCUGGGAUGGUGUUCCCUUCCUCGAUCUCUUUUAUAUCGUGUCAUUAGACGUUACUCCAUAUAUUCUCCCAUCUAAACUUUAAAGAAUUGUGUUUUUAAUGAUGUGCACAUUUUAAAAAGGAGCAUUACGAUUACAAACAAAAAGUACUGUUUACAUAUACUGUUCAUCUUCUUUGUAAAGUGUAGAGGUUUAAAAAGAGACUUUCCAGUGAUUACAGUAUUAAGGUUUCAUAAAUAAAUAAUAAUAAAAAACUUGAUUUGAGGUGCUGUAAUUAUUCAUGAACUGGUCAAAACAAAUGGCUCGUGCUUGCCGCCUGCUCUCUGAGGUGUAAUCUGCCAUUGCUUUCUGAGCCAAUAAAUUAAUUUAAAUGCCAUAGUUGAAUGUUA